AUGACAAAACCAAACUUUCCGACUCCAUUUAUGGCAGAGGUCAGAGUUUACGCCUUUUCUCACCUCACAAAUGAUGAAAUAAUGUGUUUACUUCCGAAUUGUGAUUGCUAUUGUCAAAAUGAAAAUGAACUUGUAGACCCAAAUGGCAAAACAAUAAGGCUAAAGGAAAUUGUUUUGCUGUGGGCGACUAUUGUAUACCUAUUAGGUAGCAGUAAAAUUGCUUGCCGGAUAUUUGUGCCUUCGAAUUCAUCCACAUUGCCUCAGUCCAUCUAUUCAGUUUUACCACCAAUCUCACGUAUUUCUCUCCUUCUCAAUGCCCUUGUCCUCACUAUAGCUGUGAGUACGUAUAAAGCUUACCUCCUCCUUGUCAUAUUGAUCACUGAGUUGAGUUUUAAAAUAUUCGGCUAUUCAAAUUUAAAAAACAAUCUUUUGAAGGAUCAAAGAUAUGAUGACAAGUUCACUAAACAGGGAAAUCAUUUAAUGUUUCACAGUCCUGGUAGAGGAAGAAUCAAUAUCAUUUUAUACAUUCUACUUUAUAAUAAAAAAGUGCAGGUUUUUGGAUUCAAACUGUCAAAUCGAAAUUAUUUUUUGCCAUUUUUGGAAAUAAGACCUCCAGCUAAACCAGACUUACCCAAUCAUUUAGGAUUUAAUGUGAAUUUAAACAAAUGGAUGUCAUUUUUUGACAGUUUUUUUGCCAUUAAGGGAAACGGCACUUGGGACGUCUGA